AAAUGGAUUUCAGUAUCAUUUGAUAAAACAAAUCUAAAUUAAUUGUUUAAAGUUUGAAAUCAUUUGCAAUCCAAAUCAGUGACUUGUAUAUACACGACCUAGAUUCCAUUUCUUAAGCUGACCUAAUUUUAAAUGAGCGACUCGCAGUAAGAAAGGCGGGUCCUUCGAGUGCGUACUCGGGGCGCGCUUUCAGAGCAUUAUCUGUUAAGCGCUAAGGGUUGUCGGAAUGCACGUUCUAAACAUAUAUUUCUUCAGAGGAACAACAAUACUGUCUGUUCUUUGGUUUAGAAUCUCACAUUGGUAAGUGUUUUCCUGCUUAAAGAUUUAUUUGUUAAUUAUUUGCUGAAAUGUCCUGAUGUAUUGUUGGUUCAGAGAUUUUACAUGCUCACCUGAGGUGUAAGCUCAUUUUCGGAGAAUUUUUCCUCUUGAACGUAUAUAAAGUGGGUGAGGACGUAGGUAGUCUUCGAAAUUGGCUCCUGGGAGAAUACGAAGAAAAUUAAGUAAAUAUUUUUCUGAGAAAAGAGCAAAGUUGUGUAGCAAAUUGGGAGAGAAAUACGAGGUGUUUUAAUUACUGCUUUUCAACAACUUUUCUGCAUACAUCCGAUUCAGCUAAAACCACACACUUUCCAUACAUAUAAUCUAUAUAUAGGUCAUUCCUGGAGUAGUCGAUUAACUUUAGAAGAGAAAUGCAAAUGUGCGUCGGUGGCACAGUGGUUAGGACUCUCGCCGACCAUGCUUAUGGUCCCGGGUUCGGACCCACGCCGACGCACACCUGAUAUCUAUGGUCAGCCUGCGAAAUUCGGGCCACCGAUAUUCAUGCUGAAAAUUCCAUACUUGUACCAAAAAUACAGUGUGGAAUCAAGCUGUAAUCAAAAAUAAAAAAAAUUAAAUGGUUCGUGUAAGAUUACAUUUUUUUUGCAUUAUCAUCGUAUCGCCGUAAUUAAUUAUAAGCUGACUAGAAGAUAAGAAAAAAGGAGAAUGAAUGCCCGGCGGAAUUAAACUGCUUACCUUUUUAUUUGCCACGACAAGAGGUUUUCUUUUCAACCAGCUUUGUUAAUAUUACAGGAUUCCACUAAAUCUUUCUACUCUUCCCUAUCACUCCGCUCUUAUAUUUCUAUAGGACUGCCAAGACAGUGUAGCUAAUAACGUUAGGAUUAAUGCUCGUUUUAAAGGUGCAGUUCCAAGCAUUCAUUUGACCUACAUUUCUGUUGUACCUGCAAUCUAAGUGGUUCACUUUUAGCCACAUCCCUGAUGUGUACCGUUCACCUGCAUUAGUUUUAUACGAAAUUAACCCACGCGAUGUGUGACAAACCUUUCUUCUAUAACCCCGACAUUGAUACAAAAAUCGCCGGUUUAUACGAUUUACAGCAUACCAUAGGCCGAGGACAUUAUGCAGUUGUAAAACAAGCACGUCAUGUAUUCACUGGUGAAAAAGUCGCAGUAAAAGUAAUAGAUAAAACAAAGUUGGACAAUAUUUCAAGAGAUCAUUUAUUCCAAGAAGUAGUAUGCAUGAAAUUAGUUCAGCACCCGAAUGUAGUCAGAUUAUAUGAAGUUAUCGAUACUCCAACUAAAUUGUACCUUGUUCUCGAAUUGGGAGAUGGUGGUGAUCUAUACGAUUACAUAACAAGUCAUGGUGAUGGUCUCAGUGAAAAAGUUGCAAAGCGCUAUUUUCGUCAGAUAGUCACUGCUAUUGCCUAUUGUCAUAAAUUAAGAGUGGUGCAUAGAGAUCUUAAACCAGAAAAUGUAGUUUUCUUUGAGAAGUUGGGUUUAGUGAAACUCACGGAUUUUGGAUUCAGCAAUAGAUUCAUUCCUGGUACAAAUUUAGAUACAGCUUGCGGUUCUUUGGCUUAUUCUGCUCCAGAAAUUCUACUUGGUGAUUCAUAUGAUGCCCCUAAAGUGGAUAUUUGGUCACUGGGUGUAAUAUUGUAUAUGCUUGUCAGCGGCAGUUUACCAUUUCAAGAAACAAAUGAUAGUGAAACGUUGACAAAAAUUAUGGAUUGUGAUUAUUCUAUGCCUGCACAUUUAUCACCAGACUGCAAACGACUUAUCUCACGUUUAUUGAUCCGGGAUCCACAGAAACGUGCUCAUCUUGAUGAUAUUCUACAAGAUGAUUGGUUGAAGAUAGACGGUGAGGAUUUACCUAUUGAAUUGUUUUCUGUUCCUUUAAUAUCACGUGAACAUUUAUCAUUUGAAGAUCAUAUGGAGAUUUUAUCGAAAAUGGCUGAAGGUAAACUCGCGACUGUUGAAGAAAUACAAUCCACGUUAGAUCGUAAUGAAUAUAAUCAUAUAGCUGCUACGUAUUAUUUACUUGCAGAACGUAAACUAAAACGUAACUAUAUUGAAGAGUAUAAACGAUUAGUGAAUCAAUCCCAAUUGAUAGAGAAAAGAAAACAACAACAAGAACAACAGAAAUUGUCCAUUAAUUGUCCAUAUACACUUUCAGAAAAUUCUAAACAACCUCAGAUUGUUGAGAAUACUACAUCUGCUAAAUCUUUACUAAACAAUGUGAUAAGUUCAGGUGGUGCUGGUACAUCAUCGCGAAUUUUAGGUCCCUUGGGCUCAUCAAAUGUCGAGGAUCGAGUAAGACGGUUUAGUAUGAUUUUAGAAGAUGAAGAAGAAGAGGAAGAAAGCAAAGGAUCACCAGUAGCCUCCUCAUUGUUCGGUAAAUGUAUUGGUGGUGUAAAUGAGUCAACUACUAAUGGGAUGGGAGAUGCUGAUGGUUUACCGCAUUGUCUUGCCGACACUUCAGAAGAGGCAAUGUUAGAAGAAGAAGAGGAAGAACUUGCUACUGUAGCCGGAUUGGUGUGUGUACGUUCCGAGCUGUUGACUGAGCAGAUGGCAAACAAUUUGUUGAGUGUAUCCGAGUCUGAAUAUCCACCGAACGUCAAUGGCUCCGUGGCACCGACUCGUUCGUGUUCAAGAACAAGCGGCUCUGGUGCUGAAGUAUCUGAUGGUGCAGAGUCUGAUGCCUCUCUAAGCCCCUGGAGUGCAGGUGGUUUCAUCAAUUCAAUAAAUCGUGUGACAUCUACAACGCGCUCGUUACCUCCCGUUGAUAUCAGAAGAAAACAUCCAUAUCGGAGAGCAUUUAUAUCUCAUCGUCCGCUAACCACUGUAAAAAGCAGUCCACAACUUUUAAAACAUAUUGCUGAAGAAGACUGGAAUAGUUGUAAUUCUUUUGAAAUCAAUGAACCUCUCCAUCUGGAUAAACGUAGAAAGAAAAUAGAUGAAUGUCGUGCACAAAAUCCAUCUGCAUAUUCAACAUCUGAAGAUGGAACAGGAACUAGGUCUUUACGUAGUUCAUGUAAUCUAUAUCGUAGCAUCAGAUAUGUGGAUGACCAGUUGAUUGGAUUAAAACCUGCAAAUUUGUCUAAUGCUGCAACUCAACAAACGUAUUCUGGAGCUCAUAGUCCAACAUGGACACGUAGAUUUUUUAAUACUCCUGCAUCAUCAUCCCGUCCAGCAAGUAUUGGCAGUUGGAAUGCCGUUCUGAACAUGAGUUUAGCAAGUGAACAGCGUCGUCCGUCAUUUAGCUCUUCUCCUGCUGAAAAUCAAACAGGUGGUGUUAGUCGAAGGAAGGUUCUUUACUUAAAUCAUGGUCAAAGCUCUCAUUUGCUUAACAGAAGCAUUACUGCUGACCGAAGAUGCAGCGGACCUCCUGGUUUAUUGCUAGCUGUUUCGGGGAUGUAUCAUCUUGGUUCUACGGCUCCAUUACCCAGCCGCUGUGGAUCAGACACCUCAUUUCUUGAUCACAAUGAUUCCAAUCCCUUACCUGCUACUGUUGAAAACUCUUUUCCUGUUGAAGAUUCUUCUAGUUUUCUAGACGGAGUGGACUUACCAAAUGGAAUUCGAUCUCCUGAUACCAUUAAAGAGGCAAGUGAUCUUACAAGAAUUAAUUUUCGUUACCCUACAUCCUCAGUUUCAGGAGUGAAUAAAAGAGGUUCGACUAUAUCCCCCCAUCGUGCUCUUUGUAAUUCACGUAGAGCUGCCAGUUGGUGUAGCUCUGCACCGAUAUUGUGUGAAACAUCCGAACAUCCGUAUUUAACAUACGCAGCAUCUAACGGCAGUGGAAUUACAACACUAUCAUCUUGCGAAAACAAUUGCCAGCUGAAUGGUUCAUCUGCGAUUCGAGAGCAUUGCACGCCGAUACGUGAAGAGGAUGAUGAAGCAGCCCGGUGUGGAGAAUCUCCCAUUUCCAAGGUGUCUGAUUUUUUUAGUAGCCUAAGUAAUCGAAGGCGAUCUGAGUCUUCAAGUAUGCAAACAAAUUCAGCUAUUUUUACAGCUUCAAAUAUAGCACGUGUUGCAUUUGCCACAUUGGCCGAAUCAGAGUCAACCUCAACUAUCAGUCAAUUACCAAACAUACCUUCCCAGCAAAAUCAUUCUGGUGACAAUGUACCAAAUGGAAAUAAUUCACAAUGUACCACAUCAAACUUUUCACUCAGCUCUCUAGCAACAAGUUUACGCGAUUCACGGUAUAUGAUUGAUAUAAUACGCGGGACGUUUGAAUUACAAUGUCAGUAUAAUCGUAGAUUUACUAAUUCAAUUGUUGGAGUUAACAGUGGUGAGUAUAAUUCUGAUCGAACUAGUACUUCAACAUCAGUACGCAGUCUGACAGCUAUAUCUGAAAGUUUUCCUAUUAACAGUCAUUUAAAAGAUGAUUCACAAAAACAUCCUGGAUAUAAUCGAAACUCGUCACUUCUUUCGCCUGGAUCUAUAUCCACAUGUUCGUCUAUAAACCAAAGUGUUUAUUCUAAUUCGCAUACAAUCACCUAUCCUAUGAAUAAUGCUUCAUGUAGUCGUCCAGAUUCUUUUGUUACAAAUGCAAUUCAGUCAACUCGAAUGAGUUUACCGAGUAAUUUAUUAACUGGUGGUGUUGGUGGUGGUUCAAUGGUCAACACAGAAGUCAUCCCAUCAGUUAGUCCGGUUUUAGAAAGUAACACAGAGAAUUUUUCGUCUUCUUUUUCACUUGAACAAAAUUCACCAGUAAGAAUUGGAAAUUUUGUCAAUCAUAAUCAUGGAAAUGGAUCGUGUAAAUCGACUAGUCAUCAUCACUCAAGUAAUCUACUCAAACAUCCUUCAAAUUUAUCUUCAAGUGUAGAGUCGACUAAAGAUAUCCAGGCUAGUUGUCUUUCAGAUAAUUAUUGCGGUAUAGUGGCGAAUAAUAGUAAUAAUAAUAUUUGUCAACAGUUCAAUAGUAGUAGUAGUAGUAACAACAAUAAUGGUAACAGUAAUAAUAACAAUAAUAAUAGUAAUAAUAAUGUGAAUAAUACUGAAGCGAUAAGUGAGCCGUCUAACCAUUGGAUGCAAAAAACGAAUGGACCAAAUCAUAAACAGUUAACCCCUCUGAUUUUUGGGAAGCAUAAACCUCGUUUGGCGUGUUGCUCAGUUUCAUGAUCGUCUUCCAUCCAUCCAUUCAUUCAUCUAUCACUCAUCUUGGAGGUACUCCCUUUUUGCUUUCCAUUCACACUGUCCUAUUAUAAUCUGUGUAUUAAAGUGUCAUUAUUUCUUGUUCGUCUACGCCUCCCACGCCUCAAAGCAGCCGCCGCUGCCGCAGCCAGAUCACUUUUUCAUUGUUUCUUUUUCGCGUUGUUGUUUAUGUUGUUGUUGUUGUCGUAGGUCUGUAGCAGCAGUGGAUUUUUUGUUUGUUUUUGCUACCUGCUUUAUUUCAUUCUACUUUCAGGCAUCCAUAUACCUACAUAUAUAAGCAUGUUAUUAUAUGCAUAAUUACGAUUCGCCUUUACGUUUAUAAAUUAAUAAACUAACCUCGGUUGUAUACCUCGAUAAAAUGCUAAUAUAUUACUAUUAUCAUUUAUUCCAUUCAUUCAUUCAUUCAUUCAACCGUCAGUUUAUCGCCAAGAUUAUGUAUGUAUCACUCACGUACAAAACCAAUGGAAAAAUUUGUUUUAUCAACGUUUAUGUAUCUUAAUGUCGUUCAGAAUCAGUUUCCUUUGAUGUAAGCAAAAACAAAAUAAUAAAAACUAUCGUCUGUACCUAAUGUGAUCUCAUUCAAUCCCCCCCCCCCAAAAAAAAACAGCACAACUCUGGUACCAUAUCCUGUUUCUAUCCCAUUUUCAUAGUGCCACUUAUACAAUCGUCGAUGUAGGAAUACCUUCUGUGUAUACAUACGUCCACAAAAACAUGCCUAUACAGUCAGUCAUGGACAUCCUUACGCUUCUUCUUUUGAUUGUUGUGAUUUUCGGAUCCACUGUCUAUAUCUUCUGUUUAUAUUUCACCUCUGCUGUAAAUACUCAUAUUUUUUUAAAUCUUCCCCUUCUCCCCCUUCUUUCUCUCUCUCUCUUUGUGUGUGUGUGUGUGUGUGUCACUUCAUCGUUUCUUAUUCCUCAUCAUCACAUUAAUUUGUGUAAAUAUAUUAUUUACCACUUCAUUUUAUGUGUUGAAAUUAUAAAUCCCGGUUAAUUUCAAUUUUAAUUUUGGCUUUCCAAAAAUUUAUACAUAUACGUAUGAGCUUAGGGACGUCCGACUGACCACUGUUCCAUUGAACAUGUUUGUUACUAAAUUUAAAAGAUGCAGAAAGUAUAUAUUUUCAUCAUUUACUUUAUGUAAUAUAUAUAUAUAAAUACAGUUAGUAAGGUCAUCUGAUAUGUUAUC